AUUGCACCUUCCCUGCCAAACGCGUGCGACCAGCCGACCGCAGCUCUCCGCCCUCAAUUAUCGAAGCCACCUACCUACCUACCUACCUACCUACCUCGUGCUCGUCCCGCCACAGCCUGACUGUCACGAUUUUGCGGUCGCACCGCCUUAGGGACGCUCCAUCCAGAUAUACGCACAAUGUCGUCCUCGGCGCCUCGCGGCGGCGAGCGCAUGAUCCAUCAGGAUUUCAUCGCUCGAAUCCGUUACUCCAACGCCCUCCCGCCUCCUCCCAACCCGCCCAAGCUGCUCGACAUCCCGAAUACCGGCCUGGCUAGCGGCCAGUACACAACGCCCGGCUUCGCGUCGCGCCUGGCGAGAGAGCAACCGCUGAAUAUUGAGGUCGAUGCGGAGCUCGGCAUGCCCUUGGACCUCGUGGGCAUGCCGGGCAUCUUUGACGGAGACGAGAGCUCUAUCCAGGCCUCCUCGCACCCACCCCCCGUCCACCCCCACGACAGAGCCCUUCUCAGGCCGCUCUCUACCCUGGGCCGAGCCAAGAGCAACGCCGACGCAUCAGUCUCCUUCCUUCGGAGAACCGAAUACAUCUCCUCCGUGGCCCCUAGGAAAGCGGGUGUCGCCGCGGGAGCUUUCAUCAACCCCAAGAUCAAGCGCGCCGAGAAGCGCCGCUCUCCCGAGCCGGACAAAGACUCGCCAGCAGCCAUCAGGCGCAAGAUCGAGAAGAGCUUCGAGAGCGCGGAGCGCUUCCUCAGCAACCCGAGCCGCCAUCGUCACCCCAGCAAGCCCAAUGUCCAUCUCACUUCCUCCUACCCUCUGCUACCCGAUCCUGACGCGUUCCCCGACUCGGGUGCAUACGUCACCGUCAAGCUCCUCACAAACCCCGUGGCCAGCGCCAACAAGUACGAUCGCCGCCUGCUCAGCGGUCUGCUGCGUCCUCUCGAUAGGAGCCCCGAGGAAAACGAGGCCUUCCAAGCUGCUCUCGAGGCUCACGAGCGCGACCCCGUGCGCAACCCCAAGCCCGCCAACCUGAUGGACUACAGUUUCUUCCUCCCCAAGACCCAGGCCACGGGCGACAACUUCCGCGCCAAGUUCGACCCGGAGAACCCCGACCACGACGACGACUCGCUCUACACAUACCAGAGCGGGUCUAACCCCUGCUUCCAGUUCUCUCGUCUGCGUGCGUACGAGACGACCAAGGAGACGGAGCUGGACCACAACUCCAAGUACAGCGAGGAGGUCAUCCUUGCCUUCAACGACGAGCCUUCGGGCGGCAAGCAGAAGGCCGCCUACUACUACCCGGUCAUCCAGCGUACCACCAUUCGUCCUCAGCGUGCCAAGAACAUUGCGCGCACAUUGACGCAAACGGACGACGAGACGCAGGUUGUCAACGAGGUCGAGGUGUCCAUCACCGACCCCAAGGGUGCGCCGCGUGAGAACAUGAAGCGAUACAAGGAACGGCCCAUAGGCUAUGUAGAAGAGGUGCAGGACCCCUUCCCUCCCGUCGAGGGCGGCGGUGAAGGCGCUGCUCCCGGGACGCCCUCGGACCGGGAUGCCGAUGGCGAUGCUGAUGGAGAUGAGGAGGAUGAGGAUUAAAAGGAGAUGUGAAGCAGACGGGGGAGGGAGAGCGAGAGCCACAGAGCCAUAUCUCAUGACAUCGCGCUAUUGCUGGGAAAUGAAAGGGUUCAUGACAGCCAUCGAUUAAUAUCCCAAAUCGCUCAACGGGGUUGGUUGUUGUAACAUCAGCUGUUUUGUCUCUUGUCUUUUCCUUCCGCAGACCAUUCGGCGUUUGGGGUGUGAACAAAAAGGAGGCCGUAAUCACCACCACCAUCCAUACAUGCGGUUAUCUUUCCUUCAGAGAGCCCGAGGCAGCUAGCUGGAAGAAUCACAGAUGAGCGUACCGGCUGGACAACCAGACAGUCUGAAGGCGACCAUUAAGUUGCCCAGCAGCGAGCACUUCAACGCCGCCAGUGCCUUUGGUUUGAGAGUGCUUCGCAUCCACGUGAAAGCGUCAAGGGGUGGAGGGGGAGGGGGGUUGAUACACAAUAAACUGCGGCUCCGGCCACCACUGUAGGACACACGCCGUCUUCGGGGCACAAGGGUCUCCCUCCCUCCCCAGGAUAUGUACGAUGAGUCAGGUCAUGAUGUCAAUUAGGUGUAUAUAAUUUCUAUGCCGCAGCAAAAUAAUCUUAUGGGACACGGCGGCCGGAUUCUCUAUGCCCAGCAACCAACUCCGUCGAGUGUUCACCACCCAUCAUACAGAUAGAUUCCUUCCCCUGGUUCGCAACGGACAAAAGACGACGCGGUUGUCAACAAAACGUUCUCCUCCGGGCGUGGUAUGAACAGCACGCCCCCACACUCUCUGAAGAGAUUCUUAAGAGACUCUCAAGAGAACGAAACAACGCAGCCCUUCAAACUUGGGACACGGUGUAUACGAUAACAGAAGGGGGGGAAAAAACCAACCCCCCAGUUUCUCUUUGUGCUCCCUUUUGUUCUAAAUGGUAUGCCU